AUGGACUUGGAUCAGGAGGCCCUUGACCAGUCAGAUAAUGAAGAACAACCGGAUCCUGAAACACUGACAGGCAUCAUGAGGGAGAUGAUGCUAAUGAUGCGUAGUCAGCGUCAUCAACAUACUUUUGGAGGCAGUCGAGACCUACUGGCAGAGUUUGGACGGCAUACACCACCACCGUUCGAGGGGACUACGAACUUGACAAUGGCAGAGUCCUGGAUCAGGCAGAUAGAGAGGACUUUCCGGGCUAAGCAGAGCCCAGAGGAAGACAAGGUCAGACUGGCUUCUUUUAUGCUUAGAGGCAGUGUAGCUUUGUGGUUUGAGAGUGAACUACGAAUCAAAGGUGAGGAUGCCCUUAGGACUUGGGAGCAGUUAAAGGAGGUCUUUAAUGCGAAGUACUUCCCAUUGAGCCGUCGAGCUCAAAUGGAGAGGCAAUUCUUAAAUCUGAAGAAGGGAUCUAUGUCUGUAGAAGAGUAUGAGGCAGAAUUCGACCGGCUUUCACAGUUUGCACUGUCAUUAGUAGAAGAUUCAAGUUCAUUCACCAAACCACAAUAG